AUGAUUGUACCCAAGUCGGCAACGGGCUUGACUUACUUCCUUGAUCCCUUUCAGUUCUCAGUUGAUAUCUUGAUGGCGAACCAUCUCCCAGCCCUCUUUCGUUCAGGACAUGUUAAUUCGGGCAAACGUUUUCUUAACACUGGCUUUCCCGCGUCCUCAACUGACCUGGAUGGCGGGCGGCUCGGGGUCGCGUUCUACUCUCUAGGCACCAUGGACCUCCUUGGAGCCCUGCCAGAACAGCGAGAGCGAGACCGUGAAAUCUGGACCGAGUGGCUCUGGGAACAACAGACGGAGGGCGAAUGUGGAUCUGGCUUUAGACCAAGUCCUUUUAUGACUGGCAAGCAUCCAGAGGAUGUAACGCUCAACGGAGAGAUCGCGCCCCAGGUCCCCUGCACAAAAUACGACUCUCCUCAUGUCAUUAUGACCUACACUGCUCUGCUGUCGCUCGCAAUGCUUCGCGACGACUUUUCAAAGCUAAAUCGCGCAGGAAUCAUCAAAUUCCUGCGGAACUGUCAACGGCCGGAUGGAAGUUUCUCUACUCUACCGGGGGACGGGGAGUCCGAUCUUCGAACCCUUUACUGUGCCUUUGCAAUCAGCAGUAUGCUCGAUGAUUGGUCCGGAAUCGAUGUUGAGCGUGCACUUGAAUUUGUCGCUUCGUGUCGGACAUACGAAGGUGGCUACGGGCAGACUUCGUUCUGCGAAGCGCAUGGGGGCAUCACCUACAUUGCACUGGCCUCGAUCUACCUGGCUCCACCUCACCUGUCGGAGAAAUUCCGCUUAACCCCUGCUGAAAAGGAGCGGACUAUACGGUGGCUAAUGAGCAACCAGUCCAAGUGUGGAGGCUUUUGCGGGAGAACCAAUAAAGAAGCCGAUGCCUGUUAUUGCUUUUGGUGCGGUGCUGCCCUCAAGAUACUUGGCGCUAGCGAGCUAGUCGACACAAAGGCCAUGGCGGAAUUUCUUGCGAGUUGCCAAUUCAAGUUUGGUGGAAUUGCGAAGGUUCCCGGAGAACAUCCAGACCCGUACCACACCUAUCUCUCAUUGGCGGCUAUCGCCAUGUAUCCCCCUGAAGUGGAUGGAGACGUUCCGGACAGCGAGACUUGGAAACUCGAACCUCUUGAUCCCCUCCUAAACGCCAAUCUUUCCACAGCUGCUUGGGUGCGAAAGCACGUCCCAGCUCGGCCAACCUGA